CAUGCGCGGGUGGAAUUUUGAAGUCACGUGAUGGCGGGAAAAGCAAGAUGGCGACCAGUGAAGUAGUUUCGCAGAAAAAACUCAACUACGCGAUCCACAGAUGGUCAAGUUUCUCCGCAAACUACGUCCCCGACAACAUCCUAGUUGACAAGCCAAACGACCAGUCUUCGAGAUGGUCUUCAGAUAGCAACUAUCCACCACAGUUUCUGACCCUGAAGUUGGAGAGACCUUCUAUUGUGUACAGUAUUACCUUUGGGAAGUAUGAGAAAACACAUGUAUGUAACCUGAAGAAGUUCAAGGUGUACGGCGGGCUGAAUGAUGACAACAUGAUAGAACUCUUACAAAGUGGCUUGAAGAAUGACCACAACAAGGAAGCAUUUGACCUGAAGAGUAAAAUAGAAGGACAGCUCUUUCCAUGCAGAUAUAUCAAAAUAGUCCCCAUCAUGUCCUGGGGCCCCAGCUUUAACUUCAGUGUGUGGUAUGUGGAACUGAGUGGGGAUGACGCUCCUGAACUGGUACAGCCAUGUCUACAGUGGUACAACUCGUACCGAGAGCAGCAGGCAAUACGUCUCUGUCUGAAGCACUUCCGACAACACAACUAUGACGAGGCGUUCGAGUCCCUGCAGAAGAAAACCAAAGUUGCCUUAGAGCACCCAAUCCUUACUGAGCUGCAUAAUCACUUGGUUGUUCAAGGUGACUUUGAUGCCUGUGAGGCCCUUAAACCAUCUACCUGUUUGGAGGGUGGGAUGGUUCCCAGGACCUGUCCAACCUGUGGGAGUACAAUGUACCUGCCUCGCGCUGGACCUGUCUGUCCAAGGAUACAGAAAAAGAUGAUGGCCCUAGUGCCCGGUCCUGUCAUAAGAUGUGUAUAGACAGCGAGCGUCGGCAGAUCUACCUGCUGGGGAGAUACCUGGACUCCUCCCUCCGUACCUCGGAGACCCUGAAGAGUGACUUCUAUGUGUACGACAUCGAUAACAACAAGUGGACGCUGAUCAGUCAGAACACAGCAGAGGAGGGCGGACCCAAACUCAUCUUUGACCACCAGAUGUGCAUGGACGUGGAGAAGCAAACCAUCUACGUGUUUGGGGGCCGGGUCCUGACCAGCGGCAGCUCGGGCGAGGAGAGGUCGUCCAACGAGCCCCUGUUCAGCGGCCUGUACUCCUACCACUGCCCCACCAACACAUGGAAGCUGCUGAGGGAAGACUCAGGGAACGCCGGGCCUCAGGACAUCAGGAGCAGGAUUGGCCACUCCAUGCUGUUCCACACUCAACGCAGACAGCUGUACAUCUUUGCUGGUCAAAGAUCCAAAGAGUACCUGAACGAUUUCUUCACCUACAAUGUGGACACAGAUGAAGUGGAAUUCAUCUCAGAUGGCACCAAGAAGGAAGAAGGACAAGUGCCAGCAGCAGGGUUCACCCAACGUGCCACCAUCGACCCAGAGUUGGAUGAGAUCCAUGUCCUGUCAGGCCUGAGCAAGGACAAGGAGAAGAGGGAAGAAAAUGUCCGGAACUCCUUUUGGGUGUACGAUAUCAAGCAGAAGAAAUGGUCUUGUAUAUAUAAGAAUGAGCAUUUGAACAAAGAGCAGUGGGGGAAGAGCCAUCCAGCGGAACCAUGCCCCAGGUUCGCACAUCAGCUGGUGUACGAUCACAUCCAUCAGGUCCACUACCUGUUUGGUGGAAACCCAGGGAAGUCCAACUCUCCCAAGAUGAGGCUGGAUGAUUUCUGGUCAUUGAAGCUAUGUAGGGCAUCCAAGGAACAACUGUUACGGAGGUGCAGAUACCUUAUACGGAGGCACAAGUUCCAGGAGAUUGCUGCUGCAGACCCCCUGGCAGCCCUACAGUUCCUACAGUGUGACCUGGCCUCCAUAGUGGACCAUGAGGACGACGAAGAGACCAGAGAGUUCCAGCAGCUGGCAUCAACACUCUUCAAGUCCAAAGAGGAGAUUGCUGAUGGUUACAACAUGCACUUCCUUACUGAUGUGGAUGAUCAUUUUCCCGGUAGAACACAGCUAUUUGACACCCUGGUUGCAUUCUUCCCCGAGCACAUGGCACAGCCCAAGGGAAACCUGGUGGACCUGAUCACCUUCUGACAUACACAGACCGGACAUGACCAGCCAGUAACCUAAACAGAGUAGUGCCAUACAUGUAGCACUUUCUUAUAAGAAAUUAGUCGACUUUCUUUUCCAAGAUUAUGCUCCUGGCUUUUACAAGCUUAGCCUCAAACUAUGCUGUUGCUGCACAUUGCAGUAGAUCUUUAAGCUCUUUAAGUGAUAUCUUGUGCAGAAAAAUUUGAAUGUGAAUUUUAUAAAAAGACAAAAAGAAGACUGGUGGUUUAAUGUCCUAUGAAUGGUAUAUGCUGCUCCACAAUGUAAACUGUGUAAAGAAGAUAUGAGACAGUGUGUUGCCAUAAACAAUGUGUAAAAAAGGAGACUAUAUGGGAAACUUUCUUGGGAUUCUGUAUGAAGCUACUUUGGAACAUUUGUGCUCUAAUCAUGGGGAAUCAAGAAGUGGAUCAUUUGGUCUGGCAUUUUGUUUAUUCUCAAGUAUUGGUUAUGAUAUCUAUGGGAGCUAGAUCUAUUGGACAAAAAAAGUUAGUACGUACUACAAAUUACAAUGUUUUCAAGUAAUAUCCUGUAUGAAGCCAUUGUGGUAGACAAAGAGGCUAGAAGUUGAACAAACAUGAAUAUGCAUUAUGUAUACAGUUUAGCAUACGAUUCGGGUGUGUAGUUAGAUGGACAUUAUGUACCAUUUCAGUAUCCUUACUAAAACGGUUGACAAAUCUUUGGGCACAGCCAACAAAUGAACAAAUAUGUUUGCUCCUGUCAGAUGGAACUAGAUUGUACUUAAUUAGAUGUAGGUUUGCUUGCAGACAGGUAGAAAUGGGUUAUUGCAAGCUUUCACAUACAACACCCUCAUGACAAAUGAAGUUGUAAUGUUGGUUCACCUUUAUCCGAGGGUGGCCUAUAUCUCCUGUUUUUACUUAUCCUAUUGAGGAAUAUAAAGUUGAUGGACGGUGGUUUCAAAUCGGACCAUUUUGAAAAUAUUGCAAAUUUGAAACCACAGUCCGCAGAUUUGAUACUCCUAAAUGUGCUGUUUGUAAAGACAACGGAUAAAGGUCACCCCGCAAAUAAAGGUGAACUAGCGUUAUAGACUUAAGUUGUACUGCAGGAGUUGAAUUGUACAUGACAAAAAUACAUGCAGUAAUACUAAUAUCUUGCCUAUUGUUUGAACCAUUGACAAGACUAUAAAAUGAUCUGCACUACUAGAAUGUUACAUUUUUUUCUCAGUGAAUAUGCAUGUUAUUUUCUGUCCAUUUCUGUCUAUUGAAUUAUUGGUAGGCCACACCAAUUCAAUUUGUUGGUUAUCAGAUUUAGUCCCAAGAAAAAUAA